AUGUCAUCGUCGCCACUGUCUUACAAACUGUUUGUAGCCGGCCUAGUUACAAUUAUAUGUGUGUUAAUACUAAGUGCACAACUGAUGAAUUUUACCAUCAAUUCUCGCGAGCAAUGUUCGGCAGCUGUGAUGAUUGGCCAAAGCAAUGGCCUUGGUCUGGUUAUGAUUGUGCAAAUAUUUUUGAGUAUUAUUACCCUGGCACAAAUUUGUAGAUGCAUAAGGCUGGUGAGGACAAAAAAACUGCAUCUUCAUGCCAACCUUAGGGUAGGUAAAAUACGGUUUUCAUUUUUGGAAGAGAGGAUAGGGAAAGCGGGAUAAAGUAGAGCAGGAAAAGGUAGCUCGGGGUGGCAUAAAGCACGGCGGGGCAGGGUACAGUAAUGUCGUACGGGGUAGGGUAAUGCGGGGUAAGGUAGAGCAGAGUGGGGUAGAGUACGGUAAAGUAGGAUAGGGUACACUAAUAUAGAAUGGGGUACGAUAGGGUAGGGUAGAAUAAUUUAAGGUAGAAUAAAGUUGGGUAGGAUAUAGUAGGGGAGGACAAGGUAAGGCAAAGUACGGUAUUGUAUGGUAGAGUAGGGUAGGGUAGAGUAAAGUAGAGUAGGGUACAAUAAUAUAGAAUGGGGUACAAUAGGGUAUACAGGAUAGGGUAGAAUAAUGUAAAAUAGAAUAAAGUUGGGUAGCGUAUGGUAGGGGAGAAUAGGCUAAGGUACGGUAGGAUAAGAUAAGGCAAAGAACGGUAUUGUAUGGUAGAUUAGGGAAGGGUAGAGUAGGGUGAAAUCAGAUACGGUAUGAUAAGAUAGCAUAGGGUAAAGCAAGUUUUUAAUUAACGUCUAAAAGUUUUAGUUACUAAUGUUCUGCGGACUAAUAGGCUACAUUCACGUUAGUAUCUACACCUCACUCUACCCAAUAUUCUUCCUAAUGCACCGUAUAAAACAUGUAGAACCAUGUGAUUUGGUCUAUGAAAAACUAACAUGCUACAUUUUACGAUGGCCCCUUUACUACGGUGUUGUUUAUCAAAGCUUUCUACAUUUGGCCAUAUCUAUUGAACGUACAAUGGCUACAAGAUUUAUGCAUACAUACGAUAAGGGGUUUUUAUGGUGGGGCAGGGGUAUCGCUGCUUGUUCGGUAAGUAAUUUGAGGCAAAAAUACUGUAAAGAAAGUUCUUGCCAUUUUUUGUUUUGUAAAGAAAGUUCUUGUCAUUUUUUUUUCAAAAAAAACUUUUUACCAUGUUAUGGCCUGGAAAGAAAGUUCUUGCCAUUUUUGUUUUGUAAAGAAAAUUCUUGCGAUUUUUCACUUUGAAAACAAGGUUUUUGCCCUUUUAGAUAAUAGGAGCGGUUACUAUGGCUUCAUUAAUAUUGGCACCGGACGAAACGAAUAGGCACUUCACCUUUUGUAACAUAACAAAUACAUCAAAUCAAUUUGAAAUGAAAUGCGGCCUUAUCAUUAUGUUAUCCAUAGACUUGGUGGCAGUCUUAACUGACAUUACCUUAUACUACGUAAAUCAUCGGACUAGGGUUAAUAGGCUUGCUGAGUAGGUAUCAUAUGACAAGUUUCUAAUUUUUCUAAAUUUAGAAAAAUUUUUUUAUUUGAAGAAGUCUUGUCGUAAAUUUAAAUUGUGUACUAUGGGUAAAAACGACAAGAAUUUUUUUUCAAAUUUUUAAAAUUUUAAAAUUUAUAAAAAUUAAAAAUUUCAGUGUACCACGAGAAUACACCUUGUCAUGGUCAUAUCAAUUGACAGAAAACAACAGUUCGACUAAAAUCGUGCUACCAGUUACUAUAGCUCAAAGCAGCUGCUACUUGAUGUAUAACAUAACAUCUUUUAUUGGCCGACAGUUUUUUACAAUCAAUGAAAUUGGCUUUUAUGCCAUUACUAAUACUUGUUUUUAUGUAAGUAAUCGUUUAUUUUGCUUAAAAUGAUUUUUUUCUGAAAAUCAGGGUUUUCGUGGUGAGACCCAAACUUUUUAAGAGUAUAUUGAAAUAUGGAAAAGCUAGGGCAAGGCAAUUAUAGGACAACUAGCGUAGGGCUAAAAGGGAUGGGAAGAGUAGAGCAAAGUUGGCGAAUGGAUAGGGGUAGGUAUACGGGAAAGGUAGGGGUAGACUCUUCUGCUUUAAAACGCCAAAACCUCUUAAUUUCAGUUCUUCCAACUAGGCCUACUGCUAGCGACCUUUGCCUUCUACAAUAACUACCUCAAUAGCUACAAUACUCGCCAGAAACAACUCAAAAAGAACCAAGCAUCUCAAGACUACUUUGUACUUUUCCAAAGUCAGCUAGAAGAAGCAUACAAAAAGCGGCUUAUUUCUAGUCCAAUGUCUCGACCAAAGCCGAAACCAGCCGGUCGAUCCCCUGUUUUUAACGCUGUUUUAGCAUAG